UUGAGUCCAUAUAUAAAGUGUGUGUAAUUAUAAUCACUUAAUAAUCGCAACAAUAAUAAUAAUAACCAUAAAUACUUACCAUAAGUGUUGAUAAUGACGGCAAUGGAUAACAAUCCGAUGAGACGCCUGUCGGCUACGGGAGACUCGCUGUACAUCAUAUUAGGCGUCCCGAAGACCGCCACCGGAGAUGACAUCAAGAAGAGUUACCGCAGAUUAGCCCUGCGCUUCCAUCCGGACAAAAAUCCCGAUAACUUAGAGGCGGGCGAGAAGUUUAAAGACAUAAACAGAGCGAAUACUAUCCUAUCGGACGUAACGAAGCGUAAUAUUUACGACAAUUACGGCUCUCUUGGCCUCUAUAUAGCGGAACAGUUCGGCGAAGAGAAUGUCAACACGUAUUUCGUUUUGACCAGUGGUUGGUGUAAAGCUAUCUUCUUCUGCACAGCAGUCUUCACGUGUUGUUACUGUUGUUGUUGUCUUUGCUGUUGUUUCAACUUCUGUUGCGGCAAAUGUCGACCAAAACAUCCCGAAGAGGAUUACGUUCCAGAUUUG